AAAGUUGUCCUGCUUGGCUGACCAGCAGAUUGAGGGAGCCCUUCCAGCCACCAUGAGGCUCUACCUGUCACUCCCGGUCCUGCUGGUGGCCCUGUGUGUGGCUCUGGAAGGCCCUGCCCCAGCCCAGGCAGCCCCAGACUUUUCCAGCACUUUGGAGAAAAUGAAGGAGAUUGGAACUAUUCUGGAAGACAAGACCCGGACAACCAUCGACCGCAUCAAAAACAGCGAAUUUUUUACCAAGACAGGGAGCUGGAUUUCAGAGAAAUGGGGCAAAGCCAAGGAGAGGAUCAAAGGAGUCUUCUCCUGAGCACAGAGGAGGGCUGGGCCUAACUGCUGAGCCCUGGGAUGCCCCAGCCACCUGCAGCCUCUGCCCAUGAAUAAAAAUCCUGCAGAGAA